GCGCACGCAUAUAGGCGGGCGGCAUCCGCCUCCAGAUCCUUCGCUUAUCCGCCACCCAAAUCCGGCGAACCGCCCGGCCGCGCCAGCCAAUUCCCUCCUCAAAUAACCACCGGCGCCCGCGGCCGCGGCCCCACCGCCACCCCUCUCGCCCGAGGGAAAUAACAAACCCGCAAAUCCGCACGCCACCGCGGCAACCACCGCGCGGCCGGCCACCGCCGACGAACGGACCAGCCGGAAGCGGCGCGGAACCAGCGGGAAAAACGGGCGGGAUCCUCACCGCCCCGCGGGCCGCCGCGGCGCCGGCGGCAAUGGAGGUCGCCUCCUCGUCCUCCUCCCCGUCGCCUUCCGCGCCGCCGCCGGCCUCCUCCAAGCCGGCGCUCUGGCUCAACCCCGCGGCCGUCCUCCUCCGCCGCCUCCCCACCCCAACCCUGACCACCGCGACCCCCGUCACCUCGCCGGCGUCCCCCGCGCAGGCCGGCGGCGGCGCGGCCAACCCGCUCGCCGCCUUCCUCUCCUCCCUCAUCCCCUGGCGCGAGCAGCGGGCGCCGAAGCAACAGCCGGACCACCCCGCGGCAUCCGCCUCGGCAUCGUCCUCCGCGGCCGCGGCCGCGGCGCGGAGGGCUGCCAAGGCGGCGGCCGAGGAGGAGGCCGAGGCGCGGCAGCUGGUAGGGUGCGCGGUGCCGCUGUUCCGGCCGUACGUGGCUCAGCUGCCGUGGCACGGCGGCGCGCGGGCGUGGCUGUCCAAGCUCUUCCCGCGCUACGGCCACUACUGCGGGCCCAACUGGUCCAGCGGCAAGGAGGCCGGCUCCGUGCUCUGGGACCGCCGCCCCGUCGACCACCUCGACUUCUGCUGCUACUGCCACGACAUGGCCUACGACACCCACGACCAGGCCCAGCUCCUCCGCGCCGACCUCGCCUUCCUCCGCUGCCUCGAGGGCAGCCGCCAGACCCCCGCACGAGACGGCAUCGCCGCGGCCGUCAUCUACCGCGCCAUGUGCAUCUUCGGACUGAAGACGAUCCUGAUCCCGUACCGGACGAACCUCGUGCGGCUGCAGACCGGGCCGAAUUACGCCGAUUUCUUCGCCGAUUUCGUGAAGAGGGUAGCGUCGUCGUCGGGCAGGCCGACCGGCGGCGUGAAGCAGAGAUUGUGAACGGAAGGAUUUUGCUCGCUUGAUAGUAGAUGGCGCUCAAUUAAUUAAUUGGGGAAGAAUGAGAUCGCAGUAGUUCCAUAGCUUGAGUUGAUCCAAUCCAAUAUGGCGUUGCGUUAUCCUGCCUGAUUGGUUAAUUGUAGCAACUGAUGAGAAAGCUGGGAUUUCUACUGUGAAUGUAGUGUGUCUAUAUAGCAUAGAACGCGAUCGUAGCAAAUAUUCAAA